GACUUUUGCCACGUGUGUAAGGACGGAGGACAGCUUCUCUGUUGUGACUCUUGUCCUCUUUCUUACCAUUUACGCUGUCUAAACCCUCCCCUUGAGGAUAUUCCCGAAGGCGAUUGGCGAUGCCCGAGAUGUUUGUGCCCUCGACUGACAAAGAAAGUGGAGAAAAUCCUAACGUGGCGAUUUACUAAUGCAGAUGAAGGUGACUCUCCAGUUACUACAAAACCGACUCGAGAAUUUUUCGUUAAAUGGAAGGAUAGAUCAUAUUGGGAAUGUUCAUGGAUUUCACAAUUACAGUUCGAAAUUCAUCACCCCAUUAUGCAUCGAAUUUACUUUCGAAAAAAUAGCAGUAAAUUACCUCCGCCACUAGAUGACGAAUCAAUUUAUGGUACCUCCGCUACGGUCAAAGGCAAAAACGGCGAAAACCUCGAGGAGAAAUAUUACAAGAAUGGAGUUCGCCCUGAAUGGUUACAAGUACAACGAAUUAUAGACGACAGAAUUAUUUCCGAAGAAGAGACUGAUUAUCUAAUUAAAUGGAAAGACUUACCUUAUGACGUGUGCUCAUGGGAAAGUGCUAGAAAUGUCACCUACAUUUUAACAAUGGAAGAUUCAAUUAAGCAAUAUCACGAAAGGAAGUAUGACUAUCUAACCUUGACUAAAAAGACCGAACAGACGCAAUCUGACUCUGCAGACGUAAGUGAUAUAUUUACAAUAAUAAGUUCUCUACGUCGGAAAUAUGACGAACAGCCAGACUUUAUCAGCAAAACUGGUGGAACUUUACAUGCAUAUCAACUUGAAGGACUAAAUUGGUUACGAUUUUCAUGGGCUGAAGAAACUGACACUAUUCUAGCAGAUGAAAUGGGCCUAGGGAAAACUAUUCAAGCUAUUUCAUUCCUAAAUUCCUUAUUUAUGGAGAAUCACUGCAAAGGACCGUUCUUAAUUAGCGUACCUCUAUCUACUGUCGUUAACUGGGAAAGAGAGUUUGAAAUGUGGGCGCCAAAUUUAUAUGUGGUUUCAUAUGUAGGUGACAAAGAUUGUAGAAAAGUAAUCAGGGAACAUGAAUUUUACCGUGACGAACAGUCUGACAGUAAGGGAAAUAAAGCUGUUAAACCGAAGAAAAAAAGUUUCCUUAAAUUUCAUGUCCUGCUGACUUCGUAUGAACUAAUAACUAUUGAUGCUCCGAUACUGCAAUCGAUCGAUUGGAAAGUCCUCAUAGUUGAUGAAGCGCACCGUUUAAAGAAUAAUCAAUCAAAGUUUUUUCGCGUACUUAGCUCUUAUAAGUUAGGCUACAAGUUAUUACUGACCGGAACACCGUUGCAGAACAAUCUUGAAGAAUUAUGGAACCUACUAAAUUUCCUAAGUCCUGACCGAUUUAAUUCUUGGCAAGAUUUCAGUAUGAAAUUUGAAGAUAUUUCAAAGGAAGAUCAAAUCAAGAAGUUAAAUGAGCUACUUGGUCCACAUUUAUUACGUAGAAUGAAAGCUGACGUAAUGAAGGGUAUUCCCGAGAAAAGUGAAGUAAUUGUUAGAAUUGAUCUCACGUCCAUGCAAAAAACGUAUUACAAGUAUAUCCUAACUAGAAAUUUUGAGGCAUUGAACAGCCGCGGUAAUAAACACGUUUCUUUGUCCAACAUCGUAAUGGAAUUGAAAAAAUGCUGUAAUCAUCCUUAUUUGAUCCCAUCUGCUUCUGAAGAUGCGCCCACCAACAUCGACGGUACGUACCAUCUAUCUCCACUUGUUCAAGCUUGUGGUAAACUUAUAGUUUUAGAAAAGAUGCUAAAGAAAUUAAAAGAAACUGGAAAUAGAGUACUAAUUUUUUCUCAGAUGACUAAAAUGUUAGACAUAUUAGAGGACUUCCUUGAUGGGUUAAAUUACGAGUACGAACGUAUCGACGGUAGUACUUCAGGAAAUGAAAGACAAGCCCUUAUUGAUAAAUUUAAUGCCCCAAACGCCACUCAGUUUUGUUUUUUGCUUUCAACGAGAGCUGGCGGUCUCGGAAUAAAUUUGGCUACUGCUGAUACUGUCAUAAUAUAUGACUCUGACUGGAAUCCUCAUAACGAUAUUCAGGCUUUCAGUCGUGCACAUCGUAUCGGACAAUCAAAUAAGGUUAUGAUCUAUCGAUUCGUUACGAGAUUUUCAGUGGAAGAACGGAUCACACAGGUAGCUAAGAAAAAAAUGAUGUUAACCCAUCUAAUCGUCCGACCUGGUCUUGGUUCAUCGCAAUCCGGUGCCCUUACUAAGCAAGAAUUAGAUGAUAUUUUGAAGUUUGGAACAAAAGAGCUGUUUAAUGAUGAAGAUAGCGAAAGUAAGACGCCUUCGAAGAGCCGUCUAAUAGAUUAUGAUGACAAAGCAAUCGAAGAUCUCCUUGAUCGUAGUCAGAAAGGAAUGGAACAAAAAGACCUUUCGAAUGAAUUCUUAAGUUCUUUCAAGGUUGCAAGCUACAGGCUCAAAGAUAAGCAGGAUCAGGUUAAUCAAUCUCAUGAUGGAGAGGGUACUCAGGUACUACAUCCGUCAAGUCCUGACUACUGGAAUAAAUUACUGAGACGUCGUUAUGAGCUUUUCGUUGAAGACCAGAGUAAAUCGUUAGGAAAAGGGAAAAGGAUAAGAAAACGGGUCAACUAG